GCCCCAACAGGUUCCUGGGUGGAGUUACAGAUGAACGGCAAUGGCAAUAGCAACGAUAAUGGCAAUGGGAAGAACGGAGGUCUGGAACAUGUCCCUUCAUCAUCCUCCAUCCACAAUGGAGACAUGGAAAAAAUUCUCCUGGACGCCCAGCAUGAAUCAGGACAGAGCAGUUCAAGAGGUAGUUCCCACUGUGACAGCCCUUCACCUCAAGAAGAUGGACAGAUAACUUUUGAUGUGGAAAUGCACACAAGUAAAGACAGUAGUUCUCAGUCUGAAGAAGAAGCAGUAGAAGGAGAGAAAGAGUUGGAAGUUUUGAAGAAAAGUGCUGACUGGGUGUCAGACUGGUCGAGUAGGCCUGAAAACAUUCCUCCCAAGGAAUUUCACUUCAGACAUCCUAAACGUUCAGUGUCUUUAAGUAUGAGAAAAAGUGGAGCAAUGAAAAAAGGUGGCAUUUUCUCUGCAGAAUUUCUUAAGGUUUUCAUUCCAUCUCUGUUCAUAUCUCAUGUUUUGGCUCUGGGACUAGGCAUCUACAUUGGAAAACGACUGACCACACCUUCAGCCAGCACUUAUUGAAAGAUGGAGUGCAAAACCUGGAAAUCCACGUGACCUGUGAAGGUGUUACUGUCUCAUUUAGUACAUUUGACUUGAGACCAUUUUACGCAUGACCCUGACUUCACCCUUUCCUUACAUAUCCAGGUUUUCGCUAACUCUGGAAUUCAGUAUUGUGUUGGAACUCUGUUGAGGUGUUUCGCUACCCACAUUCUCUCCCCCUCUCCUCCCAUUCCCCUGCCUCUUGGCCUGCAAGACACGUCAGAGUUGCUGAACGGAGUUUACAACUGUCUAUAUGUUGCAAGGGCUUCUCUCAAUGCAAAAUGCCACCAGCAAGUUUUAAUUUUAUCAGUGAUGCUGUUGCCUCCUUAGUGCAACCUGACUUAAAUUUUGCAGUUGUGCAUGGUAUAAAUGUUGACUGGAUUUCAGUGAUAAAAUUAAGUCUCUUUGGAAGAAAA